UUGGUGGUUGGGAGAACUUUUCUGCUUACUUAUUGCUUUUCAACAAUUUACCUUUUUUUUUCUUUUAUUGUUUUUUAUUGAACUCUGGGGUCCAUUAGAGCAUAGCUUGAGUGUGGAAUGGCUGAACUGGUGCGAAUCCGUAAGAAACGGCUGCAGAUCCCCAUCUCUAGGUUGAGGAGUAUGCUGAAGCAGCUGGAGGAGAAAGAUGUGGACUUUGAAGAAAUAAAAAAGAACCUGGACGUCACUGCAUCGCUGCUCGAGGCUGUAUAUCUCGACGGAACAAGGCAAUGCUUGGACACAGAGGACGACCUUCAGCGGCUGCAAUCAGAUGGGGUGCCCUCGGAGGUCACUGAUUGGUUGGCGUCCACUUUCACCCAGAGGAUCCGACGACCUGUACGACGGUCAGAUGAGAAACCCAAGUUCCGUAGCAUCGUACACGCAGUGCAAGCUGGGAUAUUUGUGGAGAGGAUGUUCAAGAGGGCCUACACAGCCGCCAUGCCAGACCAACCUGCAGCGGUCGUAAACUGCCUCAGGGAUGUUGACCGCUGGAGCUUUGACGUGUUUGCUCUGAACUCUGCCAGCUCCGAUCAUGCACUACACACAUUGUUUUUUGAGCUGAUCACCAGAUACGAGCUCAACAGCCGUUUCAAGAUCCCAAUCUCGAGCUUGACAGAAUUCCUGUCUGCACUGGAGAGAGGAUACUGCAAAUACAACAACCCCUACCACAGUCAUGUUCACGCUGCAGAUGUGACUCAGACGCUACACUGCCUCCUGCUGCGAUCUGGACUCGUGCACUGGUUGACAGAGCUUGAGGUGAUGGCAUCUUUAUUUGCUGCAGCCAUCCACGACUACGAACACACAGGAACAACAAACAACUUUCACAUUCACACAAAGUCAGAAUUUGCACUGAUCUACAACGACCGGUCGGUACAGGAGAGCCAUCACCUGAGUGCAGCGUUUCGUCUGCUGCAGGAGGACCAAAUGAACAUCUUCGUUAAUUUGUCACGGGAGGAAUGGAUGGAACUGCGAUCGCUGGUAAUAGAGAUGGUGUUGUCCACAGACAUGUCCUCCCACCUACUCCAAGUCAAAGCAAUGAAAUCAUGUAUACAGCAACAAGAACGGAUUGACAAGCCCAAAGCACUGUCUCUGUUACUCCACACAGCUGACAUAAGCCAUCCAUCCAAGCCCUGGGCACUGCAUUCACGUUGGACCAAAUCCUUGAUGGAAGAGUUUUUUAGGCAGGGUGAUAGAGAGGCGGAGCUCGGCCUGCCCUUCUCUCCUCUGUGUGAUCGAAAAAGUACGCUGGUAGCUGAGUCCCAGAUUGGUUUCAUAGACUUCAUUGUGUACCCUACAUUCUCUCUGCUGACGGACAUGGCUGAAAAGAUUGUUAUCCCAUUAGUGGAGGAGAACCCAGGUCCACCUGACCCCUGCAACAGACACAGUAAUCUUUGGAAGGAGAGCUCCAGAGGUCUGCAGUGGAGUCUCGCCCACAUCACAGCCGAGCUGGUGAGCUUCCGCUCCACUUGGACACGACACACUGAGGACAACAAGCUCAAAUGGAAAGAAACUAGCUCCAAUGGAUUUUCAGAUUCCAGUGUGACAAAAGAGGCAAGAUCCAGACACGAGGAGCUGUCAGAAAAAUCUCUUCAAGACUCCACUAAAGCUACAACACAGUAGACAGGACUUCAUCUGUGACAUGUGUUAUUUAAUAGGAUAUCUAUAAAGGUAAAAUGACUUUAGCAUUGAGUCACUGUUUAUGAUGAAAACACAAUGCUUUUUUUAUAACUGUUAGAAAAACAGGAUGGUGACAACUGAGGUGGAGGAGGAAAGUUAAGAUCAUCUUCCCACACGAGAUGCUGCGUAAUCACAGAAAACUGUCCUCAUGUCUUAUUUUAAAUGUAGUAUACAAAGAUAAUUUAAACAGUGUACAUGCUGGCCAUGUUAUACAGUAUAGUCUAGAGCAGUAAUUUAAUUUGCCACCUAAACACCUGUAAGAGCAUUUUACUUUUUGUAGUUUAUACUGUACACCAUCAAGUAACCGUGCAAUAAACUAUGG